ACACAAGCCCGUCGGAAAAUUGAUUCUCUGUUCGAAGGCAAUGACUUCUACACUUCCAUCACCCAUGCAAGGUUUAAAGAGCUUUGUUCUGAUUUUUUCCGAGGAACUCUAGAACCCGUGGAGAAAGCUCUACGAGAUGUUAAGUUAGACAUGACAAGUAUCCACGAAAUCGUGUUGGUAGGCGGAUCCACACGCAUCCAAGUACAAAAACUACUUCAAGAUUUCUUCAGUGGAAAGGAACUGAACAAGUCCAUCAACCCAGAUGAAGUUGCUUACAGUGCCACAGUUAAGGCAACUUUUUUACGUGGUGAUCAAUCCGAGACUGUGAAAGACAUGUUUCUUCUUGAUGUGACUCCAAUUUCGAUAGAUCUUGAGACAGCUGUAGGAAUCAUAACCGUGCUUAUCAAACGCAAUACCAUAAUUCCCACCAAACAUUCUCAGAUCUUCACUACUUAGCCCAUUAGCGAAUCAAGCGGAACCCCUUGAUACGGUGCCUCCACUGUUGAAGUUGACAAAGAAUUUGUAGUUUCAUAAAGUACCAGUGCUAAUGUCUGUAUUGGCAUUCAUACCCUCGAGUGAUGAUUAAUUUGACUGUGAUGGCUGUCUUUGAAUGUCUUGCAUACUUAUCACUUUGUUAUUUUGUAUAUUUUAUAUGGCUGAUAAAACAUGAAAUAACU